GGCGUUACCAGUCCGACUCAGAGAAAGAACUAGGAAACAGGGGCCGCACAAUUAACUAUAGUACAAACAAGGGGAGGCGACGAACAAGGAAAACAAAGCAGUUUUUGUUCCAAGGAGCCCCUGAGUUACCUUUUGCUGUCUUGACAAAUCGGGGGGAAACGAGUGAAAACACCGUUUACAAGGUGGACAGUCCGCUGCCUGGUUGCUCGUGGUAACCCUCCGCCAUGCCUUUCCCCUUUGGCAAGUCCCACAAGUCGCCGGCGGACAUCGUCAAGAACCUUAAGGACAGCAUGACGGUGCUGGAGAAGCACGACAUCUCUGACAAAAAGGCAGAGAAGGCCACAGAGGAGGUGUCAAAGAGCCUGGUGGCCAUGAAGGAGAUCCUAUACGGGACUAAUGAGAAGGAGCCCCAGACAGAGGCAGUGGCCCAGCUCGCCCAGGAGCUCUACAACAGUGGCUUACUUAGCACCCUGAUAGCCGACCUGCAGCUCAUCGACUUCGAGGGAAAGAAAGAUGUGGCUCAGAUCUUCAACAACAUCCUGAGGCGUCAGAUUGGUACUCGGACGCCCACGGUGGAAUACCUCUGCACCCAGCAGAAUAUCCUCUUUAUGUUGCUUAAAGGGUAUGAGUCUCCGGAGAUCGCCCUGAACUGCGGCAUCAUGCUGAGGGAGUGCAUCAGACACGAACCGCUCGCCAAAAUCACGCUGUGGUCGGAGCAGUUCUACGACUUCUUCAGAUACGUGGAGAUGUCCACGUUCGACAUCGCCUCAGACGCAUUUGCCACUUUCAAAGACCUCCUCACAAGACACAAGCUACUGAGUGCAGAGUUUCUGGAGCAACAUUACGACAGAUUCUUUAGUGAAUAUGAGAAGCUGCUCCACUCAGAAAACUACGUGACUAAGAGGCAGUCCCUCAAGUUGCUGGGGGAGUUGCUCCUCGACCGGCACAAUUUCACUAUAAUGACGAAAUACAUCAGCAAGCCGGAGAAUCUCAAACUAAUGAUGAACCUGCUACGGGACAAAAGCCGCAACAUCCAGUUUGAGGCUUUCCACGUUUUUAAGGUGUUUGUGGCCAACCCCAACAAGACGCAGCCGAUCCUGGACAUCCUGCUGAAGAACCAGACCAAACUCAUCGAGUUUCUCAGCAAGUUCCAGAACGACAGAACAGAGGACGAACAGUUCAACGACGAAAAGACUUACCUGGUCAAACAGAUCAGGGACCUCAAGAGGCCCGCCCCCCAGGAGGCCUGAGGAAAGUGCAGAGGUGGGGGGGUCGAGGGGCGAGGAGGAGGAGGAGGAGGAGGAGCCACCAGGACCAGGUCUGGAACACAUUCCAGAUAACGUCUGCUUAACGGAACCAUCAGCUCUUCUGGUUUCUGAACAAAAGAAAAAACCAACGAAAACAAACGUACCCAUAUCAGCUCAUCAGGAAGUCGCCAGCUCCUCUGCUCCUCAGAGAACAUUUGAUUCUUUUUCUUUUUCAGUCUUUUUCCCUCAAAAGAAAUAAGAGAAAAUAAUAGAUGCUGCUGCUUUCUUGCACAUUGAGACAUGUAAAGUAUAUCACAACGACACGACAGUCCAUCAAACAGCGGCAGUUAAAGUAAGGUCGACUUCCUGAUAGACACCAAGGAACAAAUACACACAAAGUUUACACACAUAUAAGUAUUACAUAAAAAAACACGCAUACACACAUACUGCGAGAAUAUCAGCUAAAACCUUGCGAUGGAAAUGGUACGAGCGAGUUGAACAUUGGUGUGUUUUGGUGCAUGCCUUGAAAUGUGACAGAUCCACGGCUGUGCCCCGGCGUCGGCCCUGUGACGGCCCGCCUCGGUCUGGCUCUCCCGCGUUCAGUGCCACAGACUCGGGGGGAAAAAAAAAACGCACGUGCAUCACGGCAACCCGCUAAAAAGUUUGCAUCUAUGCCUUCAUCCUGCAAAGCAACAGUGGUUCGGUUUUUGUUUUUUUGUUUUUUAAACCGAGGGUUGGGGGGAGCACAGAACCGUUCACCUCCUGUGUGCUUGGUUUUCCACUCAGCACUUGAAGCACAUGAGGAAAAAGGAGGGAGGGAUGCAAGGUAUGAAUCUGGCCAAGCCUGAGAGUUGGGUCUCUUUAUUGUUUUCUGGGACAGGGUGAACAUGUACAUAUGCCUUUUUUUUUUUUUUUUUUUUUUGCUUUGUAGAUUUUUGUUUAACCUUGACAUAUGAAUAUAUAUUAUAUAUAUAUAUGACCUUAAACAUCAACGUUUUUGGUUAAUUGUAAUCAAAUUACUUUCUAAACCAUAAAAGAAACAACAAACAAGUUAAGUGACAUUGUUUUUGCAUUUCAUUUUACUGCUGAAAUGGUUGCUGGUGGGUUUCUUUGUACAUAACUUAAAGGGCCAGCUCACAUUUAGCUAACCUAUAGGAUAUUAACAAUUUGUACAGCGGAGGAAUGUCAUGGUAUUAGCUCUGGAUCUGUUAAUCCUCUUUUUAUUCUCCAUCUACAGUUUGAGUAUCUCUCACAGAUGACUGCUGUGGGAGGGGAGGGAGAGUAUUAACUCAAAAAUUAAAGCCUGUGUGUUUGUGCACUUUGUGAGGUGCUGAGCGAUCAACAUCACCUAACUGGAGUCGAGGAUGGACGGACUGGGGGGGGGGGGGGGGUCGUUUACUUCCCUUCCUCAAUUUCAUUAACUUGUUUUUUUUAUUUCCACUGGUUCUCACCACUCGGCUGGUGGUCUGGGACUGAGCUCAUCAGGACAUCGAUCUUAACUUUCCCCUCCCGUCUCCUCGCCUUCGAGCUGUUCUCUUCAGAGGGUUUAUAAUUCCAGUACAAUUAUGAGCGUGAAAGCAUUGUGGGUAGCAGAGUUCUCUGGGCAUGUUGGAUUGUCCUCAUGGUGCUGAGCCAAACUAACGAAACCACAGAUUUGUUCAUUUACAAUAAAAGACGUGGUUCAUAUAAUGAGACGUAUUUAUACAUUCAGAUCAAUAGAAGCCACAUCAGUGCAGAGAUCAGCACCUCUCAGAUCAACCCACAGCUCCUCCAUGUGCAUCAAACAUGCAUGUUCCUCCACUGGCUGUGCAUGAUGCUGUACUAAACACGUUGUACUGGAAUUGUUUCUUCUUUUUUUUUUUUUUUCUCCAAAUAUUUAACAACAUUGAAAUGUCAGAUUGAACUCUUGGCUCUGUGGCUGUGUGCUGACUUUGACUCCAGUUUCAGCAGAGUGUGUGUGGGUGCUUUCAGAAGUGUCAAAGGCCUGGGCCCUACAAUCGAAAUAAAGAAGAAAAAAAACAUUUGGAAUAAAAUAAAA